AUGAGUCAAUUAGCAAUGAUGAUGUUAGCUAUAGGAUCUAGUGCAUAUGAUUUAGCAAUAUAUCAUUUAUAUUGUCAUGCUUUCUUUAAAGCAUUAUUAUUUAUGUCAGCAGGUUCAAUAAUACAUAGUUAUAUGUCUGAAACACAAGAUAUGCGUAAAUAUGGUGGUUUAAUAGAAUAUUUACCAUUUAGUUAUACUUCUAUGGUAAUAGCAUCAUUAUCAUUAAUGGCUAUACCUGGAUUAACAGGAUAUUAUUCUAAAGAUAUAAUUAUAGAAUCAUUAUAUGGAACAUAUACUGUUAGUGGAUAUAUAAUGUAUUAUAUAGCUACAGCAUCAGCAACUUUAACAGCUAUAUAUUCUUUAAGAGUAUUAUAUUUAACUUUCUAUAAUAAUCCACGUGGUAAUAAAUACACAUAUUCAUUUGUACAUGAAAGUAAUCAUAUGGCUAUUCCUAUGUUUAUAUUAGCUAUAUAUAGUAUAUUCUUAGGUUAUGGAAGAGAUAAUGUUACUUUCCAUUUAGUUAUGGGUCUACCUCAUACUAAUACAUUUAUAGAAACUGAAUAUACUUUACCUGCAUUAUUUAAAUUAUUACCUAUGAUAUUAGGUUUAGGUUUAUCUUUAACUUUAAUUUAUAUUUAUGAAUUUGCUUAUAAUUUAUUCGAUAAAGGUCCUAAUUUCUCUAGUGUAUAUACUUACUUUAACCAACGUAUAUAUUAUGAUCAAUUAUUAAAUAAUUUAAUUAUUAGACCUGUAUUAAUCUUUGGUGGUGCUUUAAAUUCUUAUAUUGAUAAUGGUUUACUUAAAGUUUUAGGUAGUACCGGUAUCAGUAGAGGUUUAAAUUACCUUUCUAUAUUCUUAUUAUUUAAUUUAUUAUUCUUAAUAUUUGAUUUCUCUUCUUUCGAUAUAUUAUAA